AUGAAGAGCAUCCCACACCUCUGCAAACUCCGCCUUCCCCGGACCCCAGCCACCAUCCCCAAACCUCCAGGGAUAUCACAACUGAAUCUGGCGCUGAUGAAGUCCGAUAUGGAGAACAUUCGAUUGCUUUGGAAAAGGCUGUCAGACAACGCUGAGGAGAAUGGCCGACGCAUCUUCAUCAAGUUUUUUACAGAUUAUCCUGAGAGCAAGCGGUAUUUCAAGUCUGUGCCCACCGAGGGCGAUCUGCACACGAACUCUGAUGUGGCCCUGCAUGGCGCAAGGGUUAUAAACACUUUCAACCAUGUGAUUGAAAGCAUGGAGGACUGGCAGAAGGCCUGCAAGUUGCUCCAACGCCUGGUGGACAAGCAUAAGAAUAUCCAUAAAGUGCCGGCAGUAACGUUUCAGCAUAUGUUCCAAGCAUUUCUGGGUAUCUGCCAAGACAUUAUGGGGGAUGAACUCACCAACGACAUGUUGGUUUCUUGGGACAAGUUCUUCGAAGCAGUCUAUGAUGAAAUCUCGGUCGCUUACGGUCGGAAGCGGCUUCUUUAG